CCUAGACAAAUUACUAUGGAUUAUUGAUCAUCCGAAUUGCGACUGUUUCUGGAGAAGUGGAAACGCUUGUCGUCGGCUUUGCGGUGCGGGUGCGGCUUCGGUCCGCACCCCAUACAUAGGUAUGAUGAUGUAUACUAACUACCUCGUAGCAGUAGCAAGUAUAAAGCGCGGAAGUGUUCAACAACCAGUGCUUUCAACAGUUCAUCCAGAUAAGCGGUCGAAUGAAGGCCUGAUCAUUCACUAUACAUAAUCACCGUAUUCUGUUCAUCAAAUCCGGACAGCGCCUGCAGGUGAAGCAACAUUUCAUACAAAGAUGCUCGGAAAGAUCGCCCUCGAGGAAGCCUUUGCGCUUCCCCGCUUCGAAGAAAAGACUCGCUGGUGGGCUAGUCUGUUCUCUACCGACCCCGAAACCCACGUCAAGGAAAUCACAGACAUCACCAAGAUCCGUAUCGAACACGCCGACAAGCAUGGCGUCGGCUACCAGAUCCUCUCCUACACAGCGCCUGGUGUGCAGGAUAUCUGGGAUGCAAAGGAGGCACAGGCGUUAGCAGUUGAGAUCAACGACUAUAUCGCGGAGCAGAUCAAAUCGAACCCAGAUCGAUUUGGAGCUUUUGCGACUCUAUCUAUGCACGACCCCAAAGAAGCAGCCGACGAGCUUCGCCGCUGCGUAGAAAAGCACGGCUUCCUCGGCGCCCUGGUAAACGAUACGCAGCGAGCGGGGCCCGACGGCGACGACAUGAUCUUCUACGAUCAGCCUGAAUGGGACAUCUUCUGGCAGACCUGCACCGACCUCGACGUUCCACUCUAUCUACACCCACGCAACCCCACGGGAACAAUCUACGACAAGCUCUGGGCCGACCGCAAGUGGCUCGUGGGCCCGCCGUUGAGCUUCGCGCACGGCGUCAGCCUGCACGUCCUGGGGAUGGUGACCAACGGCGUGUUCGACCGGCACCCCAAGCUACAGAUCAUCCUGGGCCAUCUGGGCGAGCACAUCCCCUUCGACAUGUGGCGGAUCAACCACUGGUUCGAGGAUCGGAAGAAGCAGCUGGGUCUGGCGGAGACGUGCAAGAAGACGAUCCGGGACUACUUUGCGCAGAACCUGUGGAUCACGACGUCGGGACAUUUCUCGACCACGACGUUGAAUUUCUGCAUGGCGGAGGUUGGGGCGGAUCGGAUUCUGUUCUCCAUUGAUUACCCCUUCGAGACUUUCUCUGAUGCAUGUGAGUGGUUUGACGAGCUUCCCUUGAACCUGACGGAUCGGUUGAAGAUUGGGAGGGAGAAUGCGAAGAGGUUGUUUAAGUUGGGUUCGUAUCAUGAUAGCUCUGCUUGAAUUGGAUAAGCUGCUUGCCUAUCUCUGUUUUUGUGUCUUUAUGAUGUACCUAGAUUCCGCCAAAUGAGAAUCAUGAGCUCAUGAUACAUUC